AAUACAUACAAGAAUAGCAAUUGCCACUACUACUUCUACUGAUACUACUUGAUGGGGAGAUCUCCUUGUUGUGAGAAAGCUCACACUAACAAAGGCGCAUGGACCAAAGAAGAAGAUGAUCGGCUUAUAGCCCACAUCCGAGCACACGGCGAAGGUUGCUGGCGAUCCCUCCCUAAAGCUGCUGGCCUUCUUCGGUGUGGAAAAAGUUGUAGACUUCGCUGGAUCAAUUACCUCCGGCCAGACCUCAAGCGUGGCAAUUUCACAGAAGAAGAAGAUGAACUCAUAAUUAAACUUCAUAGUCUUCUUGGAAACAAGUGGUCUCUUAUAGCAGGAAGAUUACCAGGAAGAACAGAUAAUGAGAUAAAGAAUUAUUGGAAUACUCAUAUAAGGAGACAACUCUUAAGCCGAGGGAUUGAUCCAGCAUCUCAUAAGCCACUCAAUGAACAAGCCAUGGAUGUCACAACCAUCUCUUUUUCUGCUGUUGCUAAAGAGGAAGAAAGGAUAGUUAAUGGUUCAAUUGGGUUCAAAGAAGAGAACCAUAAGAGGGAAGAAAGGUGUCCAGACCUCAAUCUUGAACUUCGAAUUAGUCUUCCUUAUCAAGAACCUCAUGAGGUAUUGAAGAGUGAAGGGAUGAGGAGGACUAUCCUUUGUUUCUCUUGCAGUUUGGGUUUGCAGAAAAGUAAGGAUUGCAGUUGUAAUAGUAACAGUAGUAGCAGAAGUAGUAGUAGUAGUAGUAGCAGCAGCAGUAGUGGUAGUGAUUUCUUAGGGUUGAAGGCUGGUGUUUUAGAUUAGAGAAGCUUGGAUAUGAAAUAAAGUUCAAUUUGGACUU